AAAACCUCUCAAACUUUUUGGGAAAUGAUUUGGGUAUUAUUCUUCUUUUGCUGGUUCGCUCGCAGCUCUUUCUGAACUACCGUCAUUGCUUAUAGGAAAGCGGAAGAAGAUGACUGACGUGGCAAGUUCGGUGGUCCAUGAGGUUUUGGGACGAAGGGUUCUCGACGUGGAUCAGCCAAUCGUUGAUUACAUCGUGAACGUCCUCGCCGACGACGACUUUGAUUUCGGACUCGACGGCGAAGGCGCCUUCGAAGCCCUAGGAGAACUUCUUGUCGCCGCUGGCUGCGUCGACGAUUUCUCCGAGUGCCGCACGGUGUGUAGCAAGCUGACUGAUAAGUUUGGGAAGCAUGGUUUGGUAAAGGCGAAGCCAACGGUGCGAAGUCUUGCGGCGCCGUUUAGGAUGAAUGAGGGAAUGGAUGAAGGGCAAGCUAAGAAGAAGAAGCCCGAGCCUGUUGAUGGCCCUUUGCUCUCUGAACGCGACCGCAUGAAGCUCGAUAGGAGAAAGAGAAAGGAGGAACGCCAGAGAGAGGCGCAAUACCAAAUGCACUUAGCAGAGAUGGAAGCAGCACGGGCAGGGAUGCCGGUUGUAUGUGUUAGGCAUGAAGGUAUUGGUGGAGCAGCUGUGAAGGACAUUCAUAUGGAGGGCUUCAAUAUCUCUGUUGGUGGCCGUGAUCUCAUUGUUGACGGUUCAGUUACACUUUCCUUUGGAAGGCAUUAUGGCCUUGUUGGAAGAAAUGGUACAGGCAAAACUACUUUCCUCAGGCACAUGGCUAUGCAUGCCAUUGAUGGUAUUCCAAUGAACUGUCAGAUAUUGCAUGUGGAACAAGAGGUUGUUGGUGAUAAUACAACUGCCUUGCAGUGUGUUCUCAAUGCUGACAUUGAACGAACUCAACUUUUGGAGGAAGAAGCUCAAUUGCUUGCCAAACAGAGGGAACUUGAGGAGAAAAAUGGACAAAGCAAUGGGGAGGUUCAUAAAGAUGGUAUUUCGCAAAGACUCGAGGAAAUAUACAAGAGGCUUGAGUUAAUUGAUGCUUAUUCUGCAGAGGCACGUGCAGCAUCGAUACUCGCGGGUCUUAGUUUCUCUCCUGAGAUGCAGAAGAAAGCAACAAAAACUUUUUCUGGAGGAUGGCGGAUGCGCAUAGCUCUUGCUCGUGCACUGUUUAUAGAGCCUGAUAUGUUACUUCUUGAUGAGCCUACAAAUCAUCUUGAUCUUCAUGCUGUCCUAUGGCUUGAAUCAUACUUGGUUAAAUGGCCAAAAACAUUUAUCGUUGUUUCUCAUGCCAGGGAAUUUUUAAAUACGGUGGUUACUGAUAUAAUUCACUUACAAGCUCAGAAGCUGACUACAUACAGAGGGAAUUAUGAUACUUUUGAGAAGACACGAGAAGAACAAAUCAAGAACCAGCAAAAAGCACUAGAGGCAAACGAACGUUCAAGAUCUCAUAUGCAGUCCUUCAUUGAUAAGUUCCGCUAUAAUGCCAAGAGAGCAUCCCUUGUUCAAUCCAGAAUCAAGGCUUUGGAACGAAUGGGCCAUGUGGAUGAAAUUAUUAACGAUCCUGAUUACAAAUUUGAGUUCCCCACCCCAGAUGAUAGACCGGGCCCACCCAUCAUAAGCUUCAGUGAUGCAUCAUUUGGUUAUCCUGGGGGACCCAUUCUAUUUAAGAAUUUGAAUUUCGGCAUAGACCUUGACAGCCGUAUUGCAAUGGUUGGACCAAAUGGUAUUGGCAAGUCGACUAUACUCAAAUUAAUUGCUGGGGAACUAAAUCCUAGUUCUGGGACAGUUUUCCGAUCUGCUAAGGUUCGUAUAGCAGUGUUCAGUCAGCAUCAUGUUGAUGGACUGGACUUAUCUUCAAAUCCUCUUCUGUAUAUGAUGCGCUGCUAUCCUGGUGUUCCAGAGCAGAAGCUUCGAGCUCAUUUAGGAUCUUUUGGUGUAACGGGAAAUCUCGCACUUCAACCAAUGUAUACUUUAUCAGGGGGUCAGAAAAGCAGAGUUGCAUUUGCUAAGAUAACUUUCAAGAAGCCACAUAUAAUAUUGCUUGAUGAGCCAUCCAAUCAUCUGGACUUGGAUGCUGUCGAGGCGCUAAUUCAAGGACUGGUGAUGUUCCAAGGAGGCAUUCUCAUGGUGAGUCAUGAUGAGCACCUCAUAUCCGGAAGCGUGGAGGAGCUAUGGGUUGUAUCCGAAGGAAGAGUGACGCCAUUCCAGGGCAACUUCCAAGAUUAUAAGAAGAUACUCCAAUCUUAGGAGAGUUAUAAUAGUGCAGUUUCAGAUUAUGGUUUCAUGAAGUGAAGAUUGGAUUUCUGCUGUUCAUUUCAGCCCUGUUGUACAAUUUUGCACCUUACCUUACCUUUUCAACAACUAUGUAUAAGCUACAUUUUUGUUUCUGCUUUCAAGGGAAUAAAAAAGGGGGGAAGUUUAUUAACGGAGAGGACAAGAAGUUGGAGUAGAAGAAAACAUAAGAUUCCAUGGAAUUGAACCUUGUAGCAUGUAGAUGAAACAUACAAUUUUGCACUUUUCUUUUUCGAUACCUAUGUAUGAGCUAAAUUGUUUUUGCUUCCAAGGAAAAAGGAAAUUUUAUUAACAGUAAUACAAAUCAGAGUAGAAGAUCCCAUGA